CUUCCUGUCCCCUUUGUGUUUGCAGCGGAGCCAUGGCCGGGGCCGGCGGCCCGGCGCGGAGGCUGCUCCCGCCCUGCAGCCGGCGGGGCAGCGCGGAGGCACUAGAAGAGUGUCUGGCCCCUCUGCGAAAAGAGAGAGAAAUAGACAAAGCUGAGGAGGAGCGGCAAAGUGAGGAGCUGCUGAAACAGACGGAAGUCGAGAGGCAGAAGAUCGUCUGGGAGUGGAAGGAGCUGCAGGAGUUUCUGGAGGAGCAGGAGCAGCGGCUGCUGUCCCAGUUGGAAGAGCUAGAGAGAGCCAUUGUCCAGAGAAGGGAUGAGGGCCUCUGCAAACUUUCCGGGGAGAUUUCUGUGCUCAGUGAGAGAGGAGGAGAGAAGGAGCAGCAGCCACUGAGCCAAUCCCUGCAGACUCCAAAGGCGCCUGCCCUGCAGAGCGGGAGGUCUCCCCAGCCUUGGACACCCCACCUGACUGCAUCUCCUUUCUCUCCCUCUCAGGGUGCUGGAAGCACUGGGAGCAGCAGGGAGGCCGGGAAGUUUCAGAAGCCAGAGCCAGGGUUUGUGGUGCUGGAGAAGAGACUCUGCGAUUUCUCUCUGAAAAGUGCCGUCCUGCAAGACGUGCUGCUGGGAUUCAAAGAGACGCUGCGACUGGAGCUGGGGAGCGACACAGGCUGCAGAACAACAUCCACGUUCCACUCCAGAUGGGCCCAGCCUCCCAGGGGACGGGGAAGGGAAAUGGUUGCCGUGGAGCUGGCUCAGGGGCUGGUGACCUUUGAGGAGGUGGCUGUGUAUUUCACCAGGGAAGAGUGGGCUCUGCUGGACCCUGCUCAGAGAGACCUCUACUGGGAUGUCAUGCAAGAGAACUAUGAGAAGGUGACCACGCUGGGGUUACCAGUUUCCAAGCCUGAGGUGAUGUCCCAGCUGGAACGAGGAGAAGAGCUGUGGGUCUCAGAUCUCCAGGGCUCUGAGGAAAGAGAGCUUCUGAGAGGAACCUACACAGGAGAUGGUGGGAUGGUGAGUGAGAACGGGGAGCAGAAUCCACAGCAGGAAGAGACUGAGCAUGUGGAACCGCACUGGGAAGUAUCACAAAGAACGAAGGGGGACAUGUCCAGGAGUCCUGAGGAGAGGCAGCAGGGAAACCAGCCAGGGGAGAAAAUGGGCAAAUCCAUCAAUUGUGAGGAAAAUCACAAGGACCUCCGGGAAACCACAGCCCAGCAGAGAAUCCUCAUGGGAGAAAGGAAACACGUAUGCCCUGAGUGUGGAAGAAACUUCAGUAGACGCUCACACCUUAUUCACCAUGAGCGAAUCCACACAGGGGAGAGACCCUAUGAAUGCUGUGAGUGUGGGAAAAACUUCACUCGGCGCUCAGACCUUAUUAGACACCAGAAAACCCACACAGACGAGAGUCCCUAUGAAUGUUGUGAGUGCGGGAAAGCCUUCAUUUACUGCUCAGACCUGAGGAGACAUCAGAGGAUCCACAGGAGACAGAGACCCUAUGAAUGCUGGUUACCAGUUUCCAAGCCUGAGGUGAUGUCCCAGCUGGAACAAGGGGAAGAGCUGUGGGUCUCAGAUCUCCAGGGCUCUGAGGAAAGAGAGCUUCUGAGAGGAACCUGCACAGGAGAUGGUGGGAUGGUGAGUGAGAACGGGGAGCAGAAUCCACAGCAGGAAGAGACUGAGCAUGUGGAACCGCACUGGGAAGUAUCACAAAGAAUGAAGGGGGACGUGUCCAGGAGUCCUGAGGAGAGGCAGCAGGGAAACCAGCCAGGGGAGAAAAUGGGCAAAUCCAUCAAUUGCGAGGAAAAUCUCAAGGACCUCCAGGAAACCACAACCCAGCAGAGAAUCCUCAUGGGAGAGAGGAAACACAUAUGCCCUGAGUGUGGGAAAAACUUCAGUAGACGUUCACACCUUAUUCACCAUGAGCGAAUCCACACAGGAGAGAGACCCUAUGAAUGCUGUGAGUGUGGGAAAAACUUCACUCGGCGCUCAGACCUUAUUAGACACCAGAAAACCCACACAGACGAGAGUCCCUAUGAAUGUUGUGAGUGCGGGAAAGCCUUCAUUUACUGCUCAGACCUGAGGAGACAUCAGAGGAUCCACAGGAAACAGAGACCCUAUGAAUGCUGGUUACCAGUUUCCAAGCCUGAGGUGAUGUCCCAGCUGGAACAAGGGGAAGAGCUGUGGGUCUCAGAUCUCCAGGGCUCUGAGGAAAGAGAGAUCCUGAGAGGAACCUGUCCUGGAGAUGGUGGGAUGGUGACUGAGAACGGGGAGCAGAAUCCACAGCAGGAAGAGACUGAGCAUGUGGAACCGCACUGGGAAGUAUCACAAAGAACGAAGGGGGACGUGUCCAGGAGUCCUGAGGAGGGGCAGCAGGGAAACCAGCCAGGGGAGAAAAUGGGCAAAUCCAUCAAUUGUGAGGAAAAUCUCAAGGACCUCCAGGAAACCGCAGCCCAGCAGAGAAUCCUCAUGGGAAAGAGGAAACACAUAUGCCGUGAGUGUGGGAAAAACUUCAGUAAACACUCAUACCUUAUUCACCAUGAGCGAAUCCACACGGGAGAGAGACCCUAUGAAUGCUGUGAGUGUGGGAAAAACUUCACUCGGCGCUCAGACCUUAUUAGACACCAGAAAACCCACACAUGCGAAAGCCCCUAUGAAUGCUGUGAGUGCGGGAAAAGCUUCAUUUACUGCUCAGACCUGAGGAGACAUCAGAGGAUCCACAGGAGACAGAGACCCUAUGAAUGCUGGUUACCAGUUUCCAAGCCUGAGGUGAUGUCCCAGCUGGAACGAGGGGAAGAGCUGUGGGUCUCAGAUCUCCAGGGCUCUGAGGAAAGAGAGCUUCUGAGAAGAACCUUCCCAGGAGAUGGUGGCAUGGUGAGUGAGAACGGGGAGCAGAAUCCACAGCAGGAAGAGACUGAGCAUGUGGAACCGCACUGGGAAGUAUCACAAAGAACGAAGGGGGACGUGUCCAGGAGUCCUGAGGAGAGGCAGCAGGGAAACCAGCCAGGGGAGAAAAUGGGCAAAUCCAUCAAUUGUGAGGAAAAUCUCAAGGACCUCCAGGAAACCGCAGCCCAGCAGAGAAUCCUCAUGGGAAAGAGGAAACACAUAUGCCCUGAGUGUGGGAAAAACUUCAGAAGUCGCUCACACCUUAUUAACCAUGAGCGAAUCCACACAGGAGAGAGACCCUAUGAAUGCUGUGAGUGUGGGAAAAACUUCAUUCGACGCUCACACCUUAUUAGACACCAGAGGAUCCACACCGGUGAGCGACCCUAUGAAUGUUGUGAGUGCGAAAAAACCUUCAUUUACCGCUCAGACCUGAGGAGACAUCAGAGGAUCCAUACAGGACAGAGACCCUAUGAAUGCUGUGAGUGCGGGAAAAGCUUCCAUCAGGGGUCACACCUUAUUUAUCAUCAGAGAAUCCACCAGGGAAAUAAACACCAUAAAAUCCUUAUUUAGGGCUGGCAAAACAUAUAUUUUUUUCUUUAAUUUUUUUGGGUACUUCCUACAUGUGGCCUUUAAGGUUGUUAGUGCCAUUUACAUCAUUGUGGUCUCAGCUCCCCCAUGUGAAUUGUCUGGUUCUGCUUUUUGCAGCUAGCCCUUCUUUGGGGGGAUCCCCAAAGCCCCUUUCUGACAGCUGCUUCGUUCUAUGGGUCGUGGGAGUGUGAGUCCAUCUUACUAGGAAUGUGCAUCAGCCCCAGGUGGGGGGAACACGAAUGACCUCAGUUAGCUGCAUUGUGGUAAAAUCUACCUGGGCCUUGGCUCCAUUAGCAUUUUUUGCAGUUAGCCAGCUUGAGGGAACUAUCCGGAUGGAAAAUCCCAACUCUGUUUUCUGCGCUGACAUGGCCCAAGUACAAUAGUCUGGGUAGCUAGCACUUUUUCCCUUGACUUGUCCUAACCUUCUCCACUUUUCCUAGUCUAGACAAACCAUUAUCAUGAUGCUAAAACUUUUGUAAAUAACACAACUCAAUAAUAAUGAGAGAGUGCUGAGUGAAGCAGGUUUCAGUGGAUCAGAGGAGAAUGCAGUGGGAAAAUCUGUGGUUCUCAUUCUGAGUCAUCAGAUGUAACCUGCUCUAGAAUCUCAUUCCAUCUGAAACUGAAAAUGUCUUAUACCUCUGUGAGCAGGGUCGGAUUUCCAACUAGGCACAGCGGGCAGGUUGCCAAGUAUGCAAUUUCCUGCCCAAUGGGCGAUUUUUAGCUGUCAGUUGCCAGGGAUUUUAGCAGUUGCAAGUUGCAGUAUUUUGGGCUGUUUUGGUGCCCUGCUGCCACUGGCCACACUGCUCAGGAGGGAGGAGCCUCCUGAUCUGUCCCGUCCCUUGCCGAGAUGCCCCACACUCCGCUUGUCUCGCGUCGUGCCCCCUCCCCUUCGGUGACAUUUGCAGCAUGUGGAGAAUUCUUGUCCGAGGGAGGCAGAAUUUUUUUUUCUGCAGAAAUAUGCUGCAGUUCUGUCUUUUGCCCACCAGAGGCCACUGUGGUACCGGAACAGCCUGAGCUGGCUGAGGCUGACUGGUCCGGCGGGCAGCGGCUGGCAGGCGGGUGGCGGGGGGGGUCAUCAGACUGCAGGAUCUAUGAAUGUUGAGUCCUGAUUUUAUGCUUUGAUCUCUUGGUUUUGGUCUUGUGUUUUAUGACUUUGUAUCGCAUCUCCAUCUCCUGCUACUUUGAAAGAUUAAAAAGUGUGAAAAUAGAAUAGAAGGUUUUUCUCAUGUUGCAAACCUUGCCACACAGUGUGAGACCCCUUCCACCAACGCUUAUGGCAGAAGAGCCGUAAAUAAACUAACUUCCAGAAAUGGAAGGCACCCAUAUAAAAAUACUGCUAAGGCAUGCAGGAGUUAAAUCAGGAAGGCCAAAUCACACUUGGAGUUGCAGCUAGCAAGAGAUGUUAAGAGUAACAAGAAGGAUUUCUUCAUUUAUGUUAGCAACAAGAAGAAAGUCAAGGAAAGUGUGGGCCCCUUACUGAAUGAGGGAGACAACCUAGUGACAGAGGAUGUGGAAAAAGCUAAUGUACUCAAUGCUUUCUUUUGCCUCUGUCUUCUCGAACAAGGUCAGCUCCGAGACUACUGAACUGGGCAGCACAGCAUGGGGAGGAGGUGACCUUCCCUCUGUGGAGAAAGAAGUGGUUUGGGACUAUUUAGAAAAGCUGGACGAGCAUGAGUCCAUGGGGCCAGAUGCACUACAUCCGAGAGUGCUAAAGGAGUUGGCGGAUGUGAUUGCAGAGCCAUUGGCCAUUACCUUUGAAAACUCAUGGCAAUUGGGGGAGCUCCUGGAUGACUGGAAAAGGUUAAUGUAGUGCCCAUCUUUAAAAAAGAGAAGAAUGAGUAUCCAGGGAACUACAGGCCAGUUAGCCUCACCUCAGUCCCUGGAAUAAUCUUGGAGCAGGUCCUCAAGGAAUCACGGCAUUUUGGGCUGUGUAAGUAGGGGCAUUGCCAGCAGAUCGAGGGACGUGAUCAUUCCCCUCUAUUCAACAUUGGUGAGGCCUCAUCUGGAGUACUGUGUCCAGUUUUGGGCCCCACACUACAAGAAGGAUUGGAAAAAUUGGAAAGAGUCCAGCGGAGGGCAACAAAAAUGGUUAGGGGGCUGGAGCACAUGACUUAUGAGGAGAGGCUGAGGGAACUGGGAUUGUUUAGUCUGCAGAAGAGAAGAAUGAGGGGGGAUUUGAUAGCUGCUUUCAACUACCUGAAAGGGGGGUCAAAGGAGGAUGGAUUUAGACUGUUCUCAGUGGUAGCAGAUGACAGAACAAGGAGUAAUGGUCUCAAGAUGCAGUGGGGGAGCUCUACGUUGGAUAUUAGGAAAAACUUUUUCACUAGGAGGGUGGUGAAGGACUGGAAUGAAUUACCUAGGGAGGUGGUGGAAUCUCCUUCCUUAGAGGUUUUUGAGGUCAGGCUUGACAAAGUCCUGGCUGGGAUGAAUUAGUUGGAGAUUGGUCCUGCUUUGAGCAGGGGGUUGGACUAGAUGACCUCCUGCGGUCCUUCAUAUCCCUGAUAUUCUAUGAUUCUAUAUGGGUGUAAACCACAACUUUACAGAAGGGUUCACUUUGUGGAAAUUGGUGUUAAAUUGGAAUUAAAAGAAAGUAAUAUAUAAGAUUUUUGUUACCCGUGAGAAUGAAAUUAAACAUGAGGUUAAUUAUUUGUUAAUGAAGAAGGAAGAGACUAAUUAUGUGAUGACUUUCAACUUUCCAAUAUAAUUCUGAUUUAUGUUGUUUUCUUUUUAUUGGUAAUAUAGGAAAUGGUGGCUAAUCCUUAAAGGGUUGUUUGAUGUAUUUUACUCCUUUCUGACUAAGGAAUUCUGAAAUAAAACUUUACUCCAAAGGUU